AAUAUCACUUAUCAUUUCUUGCCUGCACGUCGUGCACGUGUGUGAGGGUUUUAUUUUUUACACCUAAUCUAUGCUUUUCCUGCAUGUUAGGUGAAUAUUAACUAUACAUUUUUAAUACUUUGUAGCGCAAAAACCCUCAAAUUUUAGUACGCCAUGUCAACGCACAACAGACCAUUGAGAAAAAUCCAGUCCACCAAGUCCACCUCAGACAACCGAGAGGUGCGCAAGGUUCCCGUUCCGUCGCAUAGGCUUACACCGCUCAAAGAACACUGGUUAAAGAUUUACACGCCUGUUGUCGAACACCUCCGAUUGGAUAUCAGAUUCAAUGUCAAAUCCAGAAAUGUUGAAAUCAGAAAUCCCGUUCCAGAUGAUGAGAUCGGCUCGCAACACUUGCAAAAAGCCGCAGACUUUGUCAAGGCAUUUGUCUACGGGUUUGAAGUGGAAGAUGCACUGGCAUUAAUAAGACUGGACAAUUUGUUUGUUGAAUCUUUUGAAGUUAAAGAUGUUAAAACAUUAAAAGGAGACCAUUUAUCUCGUGCAAUUGGUAGAUUAGCUGGAAAAGGAGGACGAACAAAAUUUACCAUUGAAAAUGUUACAAAAACCAGAAUAGUAUUGGCAGACACAAAAAUUCAUAUAUUAGGAUCAUUUCAAAAUAUACAAGUAGCUAUGAGAGCCAUUUGUAAUCUAAUUCUUGGAUCUCCACCUUCUAAAGUUUAUGGACAACUACAACAACUCUCCAAGAGUAAAGUUUUAUAAAUUUGUAUAUUUUAAUAUUAAAAUAAAAAUGUUAUUUUCUAUUUAUAAAUAAUUAAAAUGUAUACAAGUUUAUGUACAAUAAAUAAUUUUGGUGACAAAUAA